CUGGAAAGAGGUUACCAUUGUUUUUUUCUUUCACCGACUUUACUGUAUCCCAUUACCGCCUUUGGAGGUGAACAGGUGCCUUACCUGUUACCGCCACCUGUCCUCCUGUAGCAAUGGCUAGCGAGGAGACGCCUGGUGCUGGGCGACCAGCCGGGCAAGGUGAUGGAGCUGCGGCGGUGUCGCUCAACUCUGGGAUCCCAAUCCGAGGAAUCAAAAUGAAAUUCGCUGUCCUCGCCGGCCUGGUGGAAGUUGGGGAAGUUUCCAACCGGGACAUUGUGGAGACCGUCUUCAACCUGUUGGUGGGGGGCCAGUUUGACCUGGAGAUGAACUUCAUUAUCCAGGAGAAGGACAGCAUUGUGUGCAUGGUGGAGCUGCUGGACAAGUGUGAGCCCACGUGCCAGGCGGAGGUGUGGAGUAUCUUCACGGCUAUCCUGAAGAAGAGCUUGAGGAACCUGCAGGCCUGCACCGACACGGCCCUCAUCAACCUGGUCCUGGACCGCGUGGCCCACACUGACAGCAUGAUCGCAGACCUGAUGGUGGACAUGCUAGGAGUGCUGGCCAGCUACAGCAUCACAGUCAAGGAGCUGAAGUUGUUCUUCAGCAAACUGCAAGGAGAGAAAGGCCAAUGGCCUCCCCAUGCGGUGAAGCUGCUGUCUGUCCUGAGGAGCAUGGCCCACCGGAACGGACCUGACUCCUUCUUCAGCUUCCCAGGCAAGAGUGCUGCUGCUAUAGCUCUGCCCCCUAUAGCCAAAUGGCCGUACCAGAGUGGAUUCACCUUCCACACGUGGCUCCGCAUGGAUCCAAUCAACAACAUCAAUGUUGACAAGGACAAGCCUUACCUGUACUGUUUUCGCACCAACAAAGGUCUGGGAUACUCUGCACACUUUGUGGCCGGCUGUUUGAUUGUAACCUCGUUAAAGUCCAAGGGGACUUUCCAGCACUGUGUGAAAUAUGACUUCAAACCACAGAAGUGGUACAUGGUGACCAUCGUUCACGUCUACAACCGCUGGAAGAACAGUGAGAUCAGCUGCUACGUCAAUGGAGAGCUCGCCUCCUACGGAGAAAUCACCUGGUUCGUCAACACCAGCGACACUUUUGACAAGUGUUUCCUGGGUUCGUCAGAGACGGCGGACGCCAAACGUAUGUUCUGUGGUCAGAUGGGGGCGGUGUAUCUGUUUGGCGAGGCCCUCAGUGCAGCCCAGAUCCUGGCCAUCUACCAGCUGGGGCCUGGUUACAAGGGCACGUUCAAGUACAAGGCUGAGAGUGACCACCUGUUUGCUGAGCACCACAAGACCCUACUGUAUGACGGCAAGCUGUCCUCUGGCAUCUCCUUCUCCUACAACCCCCGCGCCACCGAUGCUCAGCUGUGCCUGGAGUCCUCCCCCAAGGACAAUGCCUCCAUUUUCAUCCACUCGCCACAUGCACUCAUGCUGCAGGAUGUGAAGGCUGUGGUGACCCACUCGGUCCAGAGUGCCAUCCACUCCAUCGGGGGAGUGCAGGUCCUCUUCCCCCUGUUUGCACAGCUGGAUCACCUCCAGCACACCAGCGAUGAACUGGACACCUCUGAGUGGCAGAACUCUAUCCAGAAGAACGCAGGCUUGGCCUUCAUCGAGCUGGUCAACGAGGGCAGGCUACUGAGCCACACCAUGAAGGACCACCUGGUGCGGGUGGCCAAUGAGGCUGAGUUCAUCCUGAGCCGUCAGAGAGCCGAGGACAUCCACAAACACGCUGAGUUUGAGUCCCACUGUGCCCAGUACUCGGCUGAGAAGCGUGAUGAGGAGAAGAUGUGCGACCACCUGAUCCGAGCGGCCAAGUACCGCGACCACGUGACAGCCACCCAGCUCAUCCAGAAGAUCGUCAACAUCCUGACGGACAAACACGGUGCCUGGGGAAGCUCUGCCUUCAGCCGUCCUCGGGAGUUCUGGCGCCUCGACUACUGGGAGGACGACUUGAGGCGGCGCCGGCGCUUCGUCAGGAACCCCUUCGGAUCCACUCACUCAAAGGCCACGCUCAAAGCUGCAGCCGAACACGUGGUGCCUGGCAUUAAUGCUCCGGAGGAAGAUAUCCUCCUUGGCAAACAGUCAAUCAGAAGUCACGCGAUGGGAAAUCACAACUCUGAGAGUGAGAUAUUGUUGGAUGGCGACGAUGACACUCUAUCAUCCUUGGAGGAGAAGGAAUUGGAGAACCUAACAGGCCCUGUAAACAUGAGCACUAGCGCUCAGCUGGUCGCCCCGGCGGUGGUGGUGAAAGGAACGCUGUCCAUCACUGCAUCUGAACUCUACUUCGAGGUGGAUGAAGAUGAGGCCAGCUUUAAGACGAUCGAUCCAAAGAUCCUAACCUACACAGAGGGCCUUCAUGGUAAAUGGCUGUUCACAGAGAUCAGGGCUGUCUUCUCCAGACGUUACUUGCUACAGAACACUGCUCUGGAGAUUUUCAUGGCCAACAGAACUGCGGUCAUGUUCAACUUCCCAGAUGCAGGCACGGUCAAGAAGGUGGUCCAAUGCCUCCCUCGCGUGGGGGUGGGCACCAACUUUGGCCUCCCACAGACCAGGCGUAUCUCCCAGGCCAGUCCCAAGCAGCUCUACAAGGCCUCCAACAUGACCCAGCGCUGGCAGCGCAGAGAGAUCUCCAACUUUGAGUACCUGAUCUUCCUCAACACCAUCUCUGGUCGUACGUACAAUGACCUGAAUCAGUACCCCGUCUUCCCCUGGGUCAUCACGAACUACGACACUGAAGACCUGGACCUCACUCUGCCCAGCAACUACAGAGACCUGUCCAAGCCCAUUGGUGCCCUGAACCCCAAGAGGGCGGCGUUCUUCAACGACCGCUAUGAAUCCUGGGAGGACGACCAGGUGCCCAAGUUCCACUACGGAACCCACUACUCCACCUCCUCCUUCACCCAGAUGUGGCUGCUGCGCAUCGAACCCUUCACCACCAUGUUCCUCAACUUCCAGGGAGGGAAGUUUGACCAUGCUGACCGCACCUUCUCCUCCGUGUCCCGAGCCUGGAGGAACUGCCAGAGAGACACGUCCGAUGUCAAGGAGUUGACCCCAGAGUUCUACUACCUCCCUGAGAUGUUUGUAAACGCCAACAACUACAGCCUGGGGGUGAUGGAGGAUGGGACUGUGGUGUCUGACGUGGAGCUGCCGCCCUGGGCCAAGACCCCCGAGGAGUUUGUACGCAUCAACAGACUGGCUCUGGAGGAUGAGUUUGUGUCGUGCCAGCUGCACCAGUGGAUCGACCUGAUCUUUGGCUACAAGCAGCAGGGUCCUGAGGCCACCAGGUCUCUCAACGUCUUCUACUACCUGACCUAUGAAGGGACCAUCAACCUCAGCUCCAUCACCGACCCCAUGCUCAGAGAGGCUGUGGAGGCACAGAUCAGGAGUUUUGGACAGACCCCAUGUCAGCUGCUCAUCGAGCCACACCCACCAAGGAGCUCCGCCAUGCAGGUGAGCCCGUUGAUGUUCACGGAGCAGAUGCAGCAGGAUGUCAUCAUGGUGUUGAAGUUCCCCAGCAACUCUCCCGUGGCCCACGUGGCCGCCAACACCCAGCCGGGCCUCGCCACGCCCGCCAUCAUCACCGUCACCGCCAACCGCCUCUUCGCCGUCAACAAGUGGCACGGCCUGGCCGGUCAUCAAGGCUCCUCUGUGCAGGACCAGCAGUACCAACUGCCCGUGGAAAUAGACCCCCUGAUAGCCAGUAAUGUGGGGACCCACCGUCGUCAGAUCACAGACCUGUUGGACCAGAGUAUUCACAUCCACUCUCAAUGUUUCAUCAUCACUGCAGACAACCGCUUCAUCCUGCUCUGUGGCUUCUGGGACAAGAGCUUCCGCGUCUAUUCCACUGACUCAGCCCCUAAUCAUCGGCCCUUCCACAAGACACCUAAUCCAUCAGGGAAGCUGACCCAGAUAGUGUUUGGUCACCGUGACGUGGUGACGUGUCUGGCCAGGUCUGAGUCGUACAUCGGAGGGGACUGCUACGUCCUAUCAGGCUCCAGAGACGCCACGUUACUGCUCUGGUACUGGAAUGGAAAACACAGCAGCAUCGGAGAGAACCCCGGAACUGAGUUUGUGACGCCCAGAGCCAUCCUGACGGGUCAUGACUGUGAGGUGACCUGCGCCAGUGUGUGUGCCGAGCUGGGACUGGUCAUCAGUGGCUGCAGAGAGGGCCCGUGUCUGAUCCAUUCCAUGAAUGGGGACCUGCUGCGGACCCUGGAGGGCCCGGGGGGUUGCGUGCAGCCCCGUCUCAUCCAGUCCUCUACAGAGGGCCACGCCGUAGUCUACUACGACAAGGGACACUUCUGCUUCUUCUCCAUCAAUGGAAAGCUGCUGGGACACAUGGAGGUGGAGGAGAACAUCAGGGCCAUGCUGCUGAGUCGGGACGGACAGUACCUGCUGACGGGGGGAGACGGGGGAGUUCUGUCUGUCUGGCAGGUUCACAACCUCAAACAGAUGUUCACCUACCCUGGCUGUGACGCAGGCAUCCGCUCCAUGGCCAUGUCCAACGACCAAAGGUGCAUCAUAACCGGCAUGGCGUCUGGUAGUAUAGUCCUGUUCUACAACGACUUCAACAGGUGGCACCACGAGUACCAGACCAGAUACUGAGGCAGGACCACGCAACAACAAUCCCUGAGAAUCUGGUUAACGUGGGACCUACCUACUGCAAUCCUGUCGCUCGAUGUACUAAGGCACUACUCAAUACAUAUUGAUAUCCUGAAUGUAUCUUAAGAGAAGAAAAACUGUCUGAUUCUGUCGAAAGAAGCAAACUAUUUUUUAAAAAAGGGCAUUGCUAUAUUUUGUAGGCAUAUUGAAAAUUUCAUAUAUCUUAGGGUGGGGUUAUAUACCUAUGGUUAUAAAUCUAUUUUUAGCUUGUUAAGAGUCUAUUUUCAUCUCAAGCAGAGGAAAAUAAUGGUUCAAAGUGGAAGUAGGUAGAAAAGUAUAUUUGCAUCUAUUGUCUUAAGAAUCCAUAUAUUUGUGUACUUAGGGGUGAGUGAUUAUUUUCAAUAGGUGUGAAACGUGGAGAUAUAAUCAUUAUUUCGGUCGUUAAUAUCCUUUUUUUCAUGCUCUUUUUGCUACUGUGUGGAAAUACAGGGAAAUAAAAUAUAAUUUUGUGUGGCGAUCGAGCAGGAAGUUCAGUAAGUCCUUUAUGUGUUCAUGACUUGAGGGAAUAUAUUCUAUUUAAAUGUUUGUACCACACCUCUGUGUAAAUGGACAGAUCUUGCCUUCCUGUGCAUGAGUUAUUCCUCUGCUGUCCUGAUGGUGGCGUACACUGCACAAAGACUUGUCACCAGUUGUCAUAUGUGUAUCAGACAGUCAUCAUAGUAACAAGAUGACUGCCGGUGUGAUUAGUUUGUAUCCGAGUGUUGUCAUGACGAUCAUUAGCUUUAUGUAUGUACUGUAACCAUACUGAUGAAUAAUAUGUCUGUCAGUAGAAACAAAUGUCAUGGGAUACGUCCUAAUUUUGUAAAAUGGCGUACUUUCCUCAUCACCUAUCAGAACUUUACAUGAAGGAGACGGGACGAGGAAAGGAAUCCAUUCCAAAUGGCCGACGUCGCCAUGAUGUGCUUCUUUGUAUAACUUAGCUUUUCCUCCUCUACUGAGGCAUUUACAGUACUUAAGCAUAUACUGUAUCAUAUUAGCGAUCGACACAGUGCCCAAACCAUGCUAGGAUCAAUCAAAGUAUCUCAUCUUGGCAAAGAGAGGUGCAGCGAAAUGAGGGACUUGUCAGUCCGUCUGUGUGUCACGGUGAAUAUUCACUGGUUAAACCAGACCACAGACAGCCCCGGUCCUGGACAGCCAAAGGGUGUGCACUUUUUGGUUCAAGCCCAGCUUUAAAAUACCCGAUUCUACCUAAUUAUGGGCCUUCAGGUCCAAACUGAAUUGAAUCAGGUGUUUUGGUGCAGGGUUGGAACACCCGAUGUGGUUCCUCCAAUACAACGGCUGCUCAUAGGGAGAAACAUUCCGUGUUGGUUUGAUCUACGCUUGGUGUGGUUACCAUUACAAUGAAAUGGCUACUACUGUAUUUUCUAUGUAUCGCUCAAUAUUUUGGCAAUCAAUUUGGAAUGAGUGUUUUUGACGCGUGAUGAGUUCUGACAAAUAAAAUUGAAUUUUUUAACUUGA